CCAAAAAAUUUUUCAACAAAAAAUGCCUCCUGUGAAGAAGAUUUCCGUCAAUAAGAUCAAAAAGGAUUCGAAUUCUCCCAAAAAGUUGAAUGUCACAGAGAAGUCUGGCCUUGUAUUUCCUCCUCUGCGUAUUCGUCGAAAGCUUAAGACUGGUCGUUAUGCCACUCGUGUAACCAAACCAACUUCGGUUUAUAUGGCUGCUGUGCUCGAGUACUUGACUGCGGAGGUGAUUGAACUUGCUGGGAAUGCUGCGCGUGAUCUCAAAGUGAAGCGUAUUACUCCGCGUCAUUUGCAUUUGGCUAUUCGGGGAGAUGAAGAGUUGGAUUUGUUGGUGACUAGAGGAGCGACUGUAGCUGGAGGCGGUGUCAUUCCACAUAUUCAUCGUGCACUUCUCAACAAGGAUCAGGCUAUGCAUGCUGCAAAUAAGGCGAAAUAAGAGGUUUUGAAUUAAAUAAAGAAAUGGAAA